CUACAAUGUUUGGAUUCCGUUAAAAUUGAUUGUGAUGAAGUUCGUCGACUUGGUGGAUGCAAGCUUCCAAUGGCUGUUGAGUACUGUCCCCGAACUUGCAGACUUUGUGCUACACCGCCAGCACUUGCAGACAGUUUGCCGCCGUGCAAGGACGAAUUAGAAACGUGUACCGAACUUGCUGAGAGUGGAAUGUGUGAACAUUCAUACAGUAGGAACACGAUGCGAAUCUAUUGCGCUAAGAGCUGCGAGUUUUGUCGCGAAGCCCAGUACUACAUGAACGAUGUCUACAGGAAAUCGGCAACAAAGCCCCGAACAAAGUAA